UCAUUGAAACAGCAGUUUCUUUAAUCAUUUUUCUUGAUCUGUUUUUUAGAUGUUGUUUGAAACUUGAAGACACCGUAACAUGAGUUUUUUUGCAGACACAUUACGUUCCAGAGAAAGUCAAAGUACGAGUAUUCCGGUGGGACGGAAAGUCCCCAAAUUUGUCCUUUUACGUAGAGUUUACCGCCGCCCAUAGAAUUGAAUAAAACAGUUAUGCAAUUUACAAGCGGCGUCCGGUCUCAUUUAUCGAAUGAUCCAUCAAUUCAAUUCUUGAAGUAACCAGGGGUCACCGCAGAGCAGAGAGUUCCUGAUCCAUUCAAGAUGACAGAUACAAAAUCCCUGAAGCUAAGACGUCGAGGAAAAAAGGGACGUUUUACAAGAUACAGCAACACCCUUUCCACAAUUAUAGAAGCCAGCAGACCAGAAACAGAAGUAAAGGAAGCACUUGAACACUUCCAAUCAGCGUUUGAAGAAGUACAGACGGCACACGAGGAGUUUGCUGAGCAGAUAGUUGAUGAUGCAGAAUUUGAAAUCGAAGAACGAUGGAUGAACGAAAUCCAUAGUGAGUUCAGCAGGCUAAAGAUUGAAUGUAAGCAGUACUUACACCGAGUAGAGCCUCAGGAAACAUCAACACCGCCCCCCUCCAGUUCAACAUCAGCACCGCCCCCCUCCAGUUCAGCAUCAGCACCUUCAUCAUCAGGUACGUCGUCUUUCAAGUUAGAGAAGUUGAAACUUCCAAAGUUCAAGGGAGAUGUUCGAGAAUAUAACAUUUUUAAGACAGACUUCGUGCAUCUUUCCAGUAUCUACACAGAUAGAGAUGCUGUCACUCUACUGAGAAGCUGUUUAGAGGGAAAGCCAGCAGAAAUGUUGAGAGGAGUCAGUGACUAUAAGGCUGCAUGGAAGUUCCUUGAUGCAAUUUAUGGAAGUCACCGGUUCUUAGCUGAUGCUGUGCUUAAUGACAUCAAUACAUUCAGAGCAUUGAGAGAAGGAGAGGAUGGUCGGUUUUGCGAGUUGACACAGCUUGUCCUCCGGAGUCACAACACUAUGAAAGAUGUUGGACACGAAGCAGAUAUGGACAAUCCCCAAGUGCUAGCAACGAUAGAAAAAAAGCUGCACAUUGAAGACAAGAAGGUUUGGUUCCGUCAUCUAAACACGAAGGACUCUGAAGCAUCCGUAUCCAUGCUCAUAGAUUGGAUGACAGGGGAAAUGACUGCAAGAAUCAGAGCUACAGCCCCGAUCAGAGCAGCAAAGACAAGUCAGCAAAUACAUCAUAUCAAGACUGAAGAGAGAGAUACAACAAGGCCAGAUACAACCAGGCAAGACACAACCUUCCGUACCAAACUUCCGCCAAAGUGUUGGAUCUGCCAAACAGAUACCCAUUGGGUUGAUCAGUGUCAGAAGCUCAUUACUAUGACACAACCAGAGAGGCUUAAGCUAAUGAAGGAGAAUAAAGCCUGCUUCAGUUGCUUGAAGAAAGCAGGCAAGGACCACAGAAUGAGUAACUGUAGAAGGAAAAGGCAGUGCAGUGAAGGUCAGUGUAGAUAUUUUCAUCAUCCCCUUCUACACUUGGACGAAAGGAGUAGCAGUGUAACUGUAGCAUCCAACAUUGCAGUUGCGUCCAAUUAUGCAGAGAGAGAAGCAAUGCUGCCAGUUCUUGAAGCAGAGAUAAUGGGGCAGAAGGGUUCCAGUAAGGUGAAGGGGAAUGUCUUGAUAGACUCAGGAUCUCAAGUCAGUGUUAUCAAGCAGUCCGUGGCAGAUAAACUGAAUCUUCAGGGUACUAAAACUGCUAUAACAAUCAAGAAGAUAGGCGGACAGGAAGAGACUGUAGAAACCCAUGUCUACAAAGUUCCAGUCAAAGCUGUAGAUGGUAAUUCGCCAACUUACAUGAUACGAGCAGUAGCUCUACCCUUCAUAAGUGAUGUGGAUGAAGUGGACGUUAAAGAAAUAGCAGAAGUACUGAAAAUCGAUCAUCAAAGUAUUCAUCGCAGAGGUGGAGAUAUCGACCUGUUGAUUGGCAUAGAUCAUCCUACCCUUCACACAGGUCGAACACGACAAGCAGAAAAGUUAGUUGCGAGAAAGUCCCCAAUAGGUUGGGUAGUGUUUGGGCCUAAUCAAUCCUCAUCUGCUACUAGCAGGGUCCUCCAUGUCCAGUUAGCAUCACCAGUGGACCUACCUGUAUCAGACUUCUGUAACAUCGAAAGGAAAGAUAGGUGUCUAACACCACCAACAGCAGAGCAGAAACCUACGUUGUGUGUUUUCUCAGAAGCGUCAGAAAGCGUAUAUGGAACAUGUGCUUAUUUGAGAUGGCAGCUCACGAACGGACAGUUUCAAACCAAAUUCGUCACAGCUAAGUCGAGAGGAGCUCCCUUGAAAAGGCUCACGAUACCAAGACUAGAGCUACAAGCAUCAGUAAUGGCAACCAGACUAAGUGCGCCGAUCAAGAGAGAGCUGAAGUUGGAUUUGGAAAGGACAAUAUAUUUUGUCGACAGCAUGAUCGCAUUAUCGUGGAUCAGAAGUCAAGCCAGAAACUUCAAGCCGUUUGUUUCAGCCAGAAUAGGGGAGAUUCAAACUAACUCAGAUCCACAACAGUGGAAGCACGUGCCUGACCCGUUGAACCCAGCAGAUGACAUUUCAAGGGGUAUAACCAUUGAUAAGCAUGAAGGUAGAUUGAAGAGUGGGCCAGAAUUCAUCUGCUUACCCGAGGAACAGUGGCCUGAAGAAAGAGUUCAACCGGAUCCAGUCGAGAUCGACGAAGAGAAACGCAGCAUCAAGAGAGUCCUCCACAUAACUGAAGCGGAGGUAAUAGAUUGUUCAAGAUUCUCAAGCUGGAGGAGACUUGUACGGGUAACGGCCUACAUACUGAGAUUUGUUCGCCAAUUGAAGUCCAGAGUUCGGAAGAAGCAGGAUGAAGCUACAGCAACCGACACAUCGUUGACGCCAAAUGAGCUUGAUGAUGCCGAGACCCAAUGGAUUCAACACGCUCAGAAAUCGUUACGCGAGAGAUUGAAGUCUGUGGAUCUGAAAUCACCGAGUCCGUUCAUAGAGAAGGAAGUAGUCCGUGUAGGAGGGAGAGUCGACAAAGGUUCAAUGUCAUAUGAAGAUAAGCACCCCAUUCUCCUACCGCGUAACCAACUAAUCUGCUUUCUUAUCACGUGUCAUUUCCAUGACAAGGGUCAUGAUGGAGUAGCGUCGAUAGUGGCUAAAGUCAGAAGGAGAUAUUGGAUCAUAAGGGGCAUAGGUUAGCUAAAACCAUCAAAUACAGGUGUGUUAAGUGUCGAUCUAUUGAGCACAAGAUCGAAAGUCAGAAGAUGGCAGAUUUGCCUCCAGAGAGAGUGGCCCCAUUUACCCCACCGUUUCAUUAUUGUUCAUGUGAUUAUUUUGGACCAAUUAAUGUAAAGAUUAGCAGGAACAAAACCGCAAAGCAUUACGGGGUAAUAUUUACAUGUCUCAAUACACGAGCUGUGCAUUUAGAGUUGGCCGUCGAUUGUUCAACUUCAGAGUUCCUACAAGUGUUUCGCAGAUUUUUCGCGAUUAGAGGACAACCAGCCCGUAUGUUUAGCGAUAAUGGUACACAGUUUGUAGGCGCAGAAAGAGAACUGCGAGAAAUGGUGAAAGGUUGGAACGAUCAGGAGUUGAAGGAUUUCUGCGCUGAACGUGGAACUGAGUGGAGAUUCAUAACGCCUCAAGCGCCUCAUCAGAACGGCACCGCAGAGUCGCUUGUUAAAAGUUGUAAAAUCGCAUUGAAAAAAGCGAUAGGAAGUCAAGUGUUGACACCGUUUGAACUCCACACAUGCCUACAAGAAGUCGCAAACUUGGUCAAUCAACGACCAAUAGGAAGAUCGCCCAAUGACCCAGACGACGGUGCGUACUUAUGUCCGAAUGACAUGUUGUUGGGAAGGUCUUCUUCUAAGAUACCUCAGGGUCCUUUCAAAGAAACUAAGAAUCCUAAUCAUAGGGUAGAAUUUGUUCAACGUAUUGUGAAUGAAUUUUGGAAGAUAUGGAAUAGAGAUGUGUUCCCAUUGUUAGUUCCGCGACGUAAAUGGAACACAGAGAAACGAAAUGUACGAGUUGAUGACGUAGUCAUGGUAGCUGACCAUAACGCGGUCAGGGGCAAGUGGACAAUAGGCAGAAUUGUUCAUGUCUAUCCUGGGUCAGAUGGGAAAAUUAGGAAUGUGAAAGUGAAAACUGUAAGCACUAAGCUUAACAGACCAAUAACUAAAAUAGUGGUCAUUUAUCCAUCUGAGGGAUAUGAAGUUUGAGUGUGAUGUAGGUUAAAAGAUAAGGACUAUAAUUGCCCUCAUCUGGGCGGGGAGUGUGUUUCAUUGAAACAGCAGUUUCUUUAAUCAUUUUUCUUGAUCUGUUUUUUAGAUGUUGUUUGAAACUUGAAGACACCGUAACAUGAGUUUUUUUGCAGACACAUUACGUUCCAGAGAAAGUCAAAGUACGAGUAUUCCGGUGGGACGGAAAGUCCCCAAAUUUGUCCUUUUACGUAGAGUUUACCGCCGCCCAUAGAGUAAGUUUAAAUCAUGAAAUACUCAAUACUUAUUUAUUGAAGGAUAAAAAUGUGUAGAUUAAUUCAAUGUUGAGAUAUAAACUGUGCAAGAUUUUGUGUCAACGUGUCAGAUUAAUUUGGUAUGUGCGUACAGUUUCAAAUAGGGCAUUGUGCGCACUGUUAAGACUUUACGUCUAUCGGUCAAGUGAAAGUUGUUGUUUAUUUCGAAAAGCCGUAAAUUCAGUGGAAAUUGUAAUUUAACGUAGAGACACAAAGUAUUGCACAGAUAUAGUUAGAAGUGAGUGUAAAUGGAGUGAGAUAUUUGAUUAUAGCUUAUUUACAUAAAAAUGAUGAAAACCAAGAUUGGUUUUAAGAGUAAGAGUUAAUUUCACCAUGCAUGAAAUCUGGCUUGCAAAAAGUAGGUCACUGCUAUUAGGGUCAUUCACAAAGUGAAGUGUCUAGGACCUGAUAUUUAGUUUGUAAAAAUACUGCAUGCAUAUUGAACUUUGGUUGCUCAUAUGAACAAAGAACUUGGUUUAUUUGGAGAAAGUAAACAUGUACGUAUAACAGGCAAUUUAUGCAAGUGUAUGAAUUAAAAGGUUUAGUCUUGGCAAAUUAAAGAAUGCCAUGCUAUUUGUAUAAAUUCAUAAAAGAAAACACUUAAUGAGUGCGCAUAAAUUGUAUGCAAAUUUCUAAAGAAUAAUUUGGUCAUUUGGUUGUAUCAAAAGGAAAGGAGAUUUACAAGUUUGAUAAAUUCUCAUUUUGGCUGAGUUUGAAAAUCAGCAACAGUUAUUUAGCAAGGUGGAUUGAAUGCAAAGGAAGUCAUGUUUGCUUCUGCGCAUAAUUAUUUAGGUCAGUUGUGAAAGUCACUUUGACAGGUGUAUGUGACAAGCUAUUGGAUUAAGGCGUUGCAUGUAUAUGCACAUGCUUGUGCUCUGAACAUCAUGGAGUUAAUUUUGGGUUGAGAUUUUUGGCAAGACAUACAGUGAACCAUUCAAUGAAAUAUCUUGUGUGUAACUCUAUGACUGAAUAUCUGAAUGCUAACACCGGAUUUUCUAUCUGUAUCUUCUUUUUGAUUACAGAUUGAAUAAAACAGUUAUGCAAUUUA